GUGUUGGUAUUUUAGAACAGAUGGCAUUUUCUCACCGUGCAUUGUCAAAGGAGUAGUGAGCAAUGGCAUUCCGUCUACUGUCACAUCAAAAUCUGAGGAAGUUGUCCGCUUCUUUCACUCUCCUUAAUCCAUCCCAGAAGACACUACUUUCACCUUCCCUUCCAUCUCUCAGAACUGAUUUUAUUUCCCCUGGCAAAUACUCAAGCCCAUUUUACCCGUUUGUGAAUUCAUGGGGUGCUCGAUGGGCUAGCUAUGAGUCAGUGAAUCUUGUUCUGUCAGACGAUGGGAAACCCAAGUUUGAGAUUGAAGAGGUGGAGCCCUCCAAGAAGGGGAGGUAUCAGACAAAGAGGCGUUUGAAACUUCAGAGAAAACGGGAAAAGAAGAAGCGGAAGGAGGCCAAUAAGAAUGAUCCACGGCGUAUCAGACCCAAGGGCAAAAAAAUAAAACAGAAAUUUCCUACAGCUGAAGCUCGGCUCAAAUACAAGAUCGAGAAGGCCAGAUUAAAAGAAGCUAUGCUGGUUGAGAAACUAAAGAGGUAUGAGGUUGCGAAAGCUCAAGGCCCUGUCGCUAAACCAGAGGAUCUCAAUGGCGAGGAAAGAUUUUAUUUGAAGAAAGUUUCACAGAAAAAGUCAAAUUAUGUCCCAAUUGGAAGGCGGGGUGUUUUUGGGGGUGUAAUUCUGAACAUGCAUUUGCAUUGGAAGAAACAUGAGACUGUCAAGGUUAUCUGUAAGCCUUGCAAACCAGGGCAAAUUCAGGAGUAUGCAAGUGAGAUUGCUCGACUGAGUGGUGGUGUUCCUAUUAAUGUUGUUGGAAAUGACACCAUAGUCUUCUACCGAGGAAAGGACUAUGUUCAGCCAGAGGUCAUGUCACCAAUUGAUACACUGUCAAAGAAAAAGGCACUUGAAAAAUCAAAAUACGAACAAUCGCUGGAGACAGUUCGACGUUUCAUUGCAGUAUCUGAAAAGGAGCUCGAACUAUACUAUCGGCAUGUUGCACUUUAUGGAAAACCAGAAUCCGAGAAUACUGAUCUGGUUCAUGGUUAUGGUAGGGAAGCUUCUUCACUAGAAAUGGUGGAGUUAAAACAUUGUGGAAAGGACCAAGGACCUCAUCUGGCUGGUAAAGAUUUCUCUGAUAUUGACACGAUGGAUACAUCCGAAUCUGAUGAAGAAUAUGAUUCUAGUAGUGAAUCUGAUGUCAAUAAUGUUGUGACUGGAGAUGCUAUAGAAAGUUCUGAGGACACUGAUGUUUUGGAUAAUCGGGUGCUCUAGGGGGGUGAACUGCAGUUACCUCUCGUGGCACUCCUCAUAACAUCAAAUUCCUUCA